AGGGACCACUGUUAGAAGAGCAAGCCCUUAUGAAGGCAGCAGAGGGUGGACUAUCUUCACCUGAAUUUUCAGAGCUCUGUGUUUGGUUAGGCUCUCAAAUAAAAUCAUUGUGCAACUUGGAAGAAAGUAUCACUUCAGCUGGGAAAGAUGAUCUAGAAAGCUUCCAGCUUGAGAUAAGUGGCUUUUUAAAAGAAAUGGCAUGUCCAUAUUCUGUACUCGUAUCAGGAGAUAUUAAAGACCGUUUAAAAAAGAAGGAUGACUGUUUGAAACUUCUAUUAUUUUUAAGUACAGAGCUUCAAGCUUUACAGAUAUUACAGAACAAGAAACGUAAAAAUUCUCAAUUAGAUAAAAAUAGUGAAAUUUAUCAGGAAGUUCAAGCUAUCUGCGAUACCCUUGGUAUUCCCAAGUCAGCAACUUCUGACAUUCCACUUAUGCUGAACCAAGUGGAAUCAAAGGUGAAAGAUAUUCUCUCACAAGUCCAGAAAAAUCAUGUGGGAAAACCACUGCUAAAAAUUGAUUUAAGUCUGGAACAGGCGGAACAACUGGAAAGAAUCAAUGAUGCCCUUUCCUGUGAAUAUGAGUGCCGUCGGCGGAUGUUGAUGAAACGAUUAGAUGUAACAGUGCAGUCCUUUGGAUGGUCUGAUAGAGCAAAGAUAAAAACAGAUGACAUAGCAAGAAUUUACCAGCCUAAGCGUUAUGCUUUGUCACCCAAGACAACAAUAACCUUGGCACAUCUACUUGCUGCCCGUGAAGAUCUAUCCAAGAUCAUCAGGACAAGUAGUGGCUCCAGCCGGGAGAAGACAGCAUGUGCCAUUAAUAAGGUGCUGAUGGGAAGGGUGCCUGACAGGGGAGGACGGCCGAAUGAAAUUGAACCACCACCCCCUGAAAUGCCCCCUUGGCAAAAGAGACAAGAAGGCGGUGGAAGGGGUGGUUGGGGUGGUGGAGGUGGUGGUAGAGGAGGUGGUGGGAGUGGAAGAGGUGGUUGGGGAGGGGGCGGGGGGUGGAGUGGAGGUGGAGGAGGGGGUGGUAGAGGAGGAGGUUUCCAAGGCAGGGGAGAUUAUGGUGGAAGAGGGGGCUAUGGAGGAAGAGGGGGCUAUGGUGGAAGAGGUUAUGGAGAUCCAUAUGGAGGAGGUGGUGGUGGAUAUAGAAGAUAUUAAAAGCUACAGCAUUUAGAUAGCAGGCUUAACUUCUUAAUAGAUACAUUAGGCAUAGUGUUCUAAAUAACUACUUGAAUGUCAUCUUUGAAGUAAACACCAUGUUAGAUUCCCUGAUGAUAUCAUUCUUGAAUUGGGUUUAGUAUGUCAAGAGCAUUGUUUUAUACUACUAUUUGAUCUCUUAGACAAAGUGAUGAUUUUUUCCAUAUUCUGUGUACUCUUGAGCAUGUUAUGUCUUUUUAAGAAACAAAAAAAACCGAGCAAAAAUUAUUUUUAAAGUGUAAAUAUAUUAUUACCAUCAAACUUGGAAAAUAGAAAGUAUUUUAUUGUCAUGAUUGAAUUUAGAUUGUUACCUGUAUUUUAUUCAGGUCUGAAACACAUAAAUGACCCCACUUGUAGUGGAAAGGAAUAUAGACUAUUGCCUCAUCUGUA